AUAAAACUGCUUAGUCACAUGUUGAGGUGUGUUUGGUUGUCCAUCUCAUUUCCGGUGCAUCUCCAUCCGUCUCAUCUUCCCAUUCUCAUCUCACCCAUUUUCCACCUCCAAGUCCAUCAUGAAGCCCCUUCCAUUCCCAUUCGCCCUCAACAUCGGCACGGAUAUUGUCCACCUGCCCCGGAUUACCCGUCUACUCAACCACCGUGGAGGCUACUUCGACCGCUUCACGCGCCGCAUCCUCUGCGAACAAGAACAGCGCGAUUUCCGCACGCGAUUUGCCCUGCCUCCCUCCCCCACCGAAUCAACUCCUCCCCGCCAACCUCCUUCUAUCAUUUCCGCCGACAUGACGCGUUGGCUCGCCGGCCGAUUCGCCGCCAAAGAGGCCGCCCGGAAAGCCGCGCCCACGGGAGCCGCGACGACGGGAUGGAAAGACGUGAUGAUCCGCGUGGGCGAGGGCGACCAGGAAGGCCGACCGGAGAUCGUAUACCUGGGCCCGCACGGGGGGAAGGUGGGCAAAUUGUCAAUUUCGCAUGACGGAGAGUAUGUGGUUGCGACGGUUCUUGCGGCGGGAUGAUUGGGAGGUAUUUUCAAUCCUACACGCGAUGGAAUAGGAUAUCAUGGACUACACAAGCUUGGGGGAAGAAUCCUGGGAAUUCCAACCGUGA